AUGGAUGCGUUGCACGAACUCCGGAAUUCGAAGCAAAGCUUCAUGCGCGUCAAACGACAACGUGAUAGCUCUCCUCAGCGCAAGAGCAGAACAGUCCUCUCGUGCAUACCAUGCCGGCAACGCAAAGUGAAAUGCGACCGCCUCGAACCCUGCAGCCAAAGCAUCCGCCGAGGUGUGGCUGAGGCGUGCGAUUAUUCGUCCAAGACUGCCAGAGCUGAGAUUGAUAUUUCUCCCAUCGCAAAUUCAACGCAGAGAGAUGCGGAAAUGCACGUGGACAAGGACCAGGUACUUUGGGCGAAGCCAUUGGGCAUUGACAAUGGACAUGGCAAGCUGAACGACUCCAUGGUUGGCCAUAAGCUGCUAACGACCCAACAGUUCCCUGAUCUGAAGGCCCAUUUACAGAAGUAUCACCAUGUAAAGCAAGGACCUGCUCGACAUAAAUCAGAUCAUCGGGGCAUGAAACGCACAACGCAAAAACGACUGGAAGCGACGUAUCAAACACAACCGCAAUCAAAUUUGCAACCACCUAGACUUGAAAGUCUAGUCCCAGAUCGCCAGGUGACAGACAAGCUUGUGGGCUCGUACUUUUCGACUUUUGAAACGACAUUUCGCAUUUUGCAUGUCCCACAAUUUUUGACCGAGUAUGAGCAAUUCUGGAACUCAGGGACCGAUACAACCACAAACCUUUGGUCAAGGGACGUAUUCGCGGCCAAGUUACUUAGUUUGAUGGCAUGUGCCGCCGAUGCUGAAAUCAAAGCCGAUGAACAUACUCAGGCAUCAUACCAGAUAGCAAAGGGCUGGGUACAGGCUGUCGGGUCCUGGGUCCAAACAGUGACUACGUAUGCGAAGCUGGAUCUGGACUUCAUUCAGGUCAUGUGUCUGCUGCUAAUCGCAAGACAAGCUAUCGCCUAUGAGGGGGAUCUUGCUUGGCUUGCUGCUGGGUCUCUCUUACGAGAGGCCAUGAUGAUAGGUCUUCAUCGGGAUCCCAUAAACUUCAAGGGUGUCUCACCUUUCUAUGCUGAAAUUCGCCGGCGGCUUUGGGCAACUAUUGUUGAACUGGACCUCCAAGCUGCUCUUGAUACAGGUGUUCCUGCGGGGAUAUCUGAAGAUGAUUAUGAUUGUGCGCCGCCGUCAAACCUAGAUGACGAAGAGUUCUCUUUCAGCUCGACUGCGAUCCCUGCACCCCAGCCAGGCUCUGCAUUGACAAGAACAUCCUUCCAAGUAUCCUUAGCCCAAACUCUAGGCACCCGGAUCAGGAUUGUCAAGAUCGUCAACCAGGUUCGCCUGUCAUCGGAUUAUCAAGAAAUAUUGGAUGUCAGUCAAGUCAUCACGACUCAUCUUUCCCAAACACCACUGGUCAUCACCGGACAAUACCCAAGUGAAGGCGCGCCCUCUAAAUUCCAACAAUCACUAUAUUUAUUUCUCGUCUACCGAUAUCUCCUCGCUCUACACCGACCUUUCGUUCUCAGACUCGCCGAAACCCGCAACGAGAUGUACAGAUACUCCCGAGAGAUAUGCGUAAAAGCUUGUUUAUCUCUUUUAUCACCCCUGACACUCGCUCCUGAUUCGGAAGCAUGCCCAGUAUAUCCCUACAUCCUCCGUCUCCGAGGUGGUAUGUUCCGAAGCGAGAUAUUUCAUGCAGCCGCGACACUUUGCUUUGAGCUUCGUCUACAAGCCAAAGACAGCACACUGCCAUUUCUCCCCGGUGCUCUCGCAGACCACACCGAUCAAGACAGCGAUAAGCGCAACUUCCUGCUCCGUACAGUUGAAAGCGCCAUAAAGUACUUUGAAUUCAAAGUCCGGACAGAAAAACAGGCCUGCAAAGCAUUCAUGCUACUAAAUAUGGUCUACACCUCAGCGCAAAGCAAACUUUUAUCGGGAACUCAUAGUCCACAUGUAAACUGUGGAGUGAUGAGCAACCUGACAUUGGAAAAUGCCUGUCCUCGCGCGGCUAGACGCUGUCAAGAAUUGCUACUCGAGGGCGAAGGUCGGGCAGACUGUCAGCACUCGGAAGAAAAUUGGCUUGGUUACCCGGGCAAUCCUUUUAUGAAUGAAGAGGUUCCUGGUGUGGAAUCCGAAUCUCAGAGCAUACAAAUCAAUCCCUCGCCGUCGGGGCAGAGCAUGGAUAUAGCUUCUACCAUGCCUGCGGGAAGUUCUGAUCCAGACUUAUUUGAUCUAUCCUUUGAUUGGGGCAUGUAUCUCGAUCCAACGUAUUUGAAUGAGGCGGGGAACCUAUGGCCGUUGAUGGACCCAUUAAUAUAA